UACCCAACCAACACUUACAUACACCUACCGACCUCCUAAGCUAACCUAGACGACCUUGCCUUUUUAAAAUUUUAUUCAUAACAAAAUCGACUUAUCAACAACUCUAAGUACAACUCCUGGGUCUAUCUAAUCCACCUCUCUUUUUUUUUUUCUAACUGUCUUAAAAUUAAUUAAAGAAUUACCUAUCGAUUGCCACACGCCAAUUAUAUUAGGUACCUACCUAGCCUGAGCAGUUUUGAACAAGUUUCUAUCCUCCAGUAAGGACGCCAUUCUUAACGAAUGGCUUAUAACAGUACAACACAAAACGCAUAAUAAUGUCAGACGAAAAACUCUCCGUCUCCGCUCUCGCCAGCAUCGCAGAAAAUGAGCCCCAAAUUUUACAAACCUAUGCUGAUAGAGUUGUAAAUCUUGAGUUCAUUGCUAAUGAAUCUGCUCAUCACAAAUUAUUCAAAAAUCUAAGCUUUCCUAAUCUUGAGACGCUUUGGCUGGAUGCCUCGGAUCACAAUGACGAUGCCUCUCUCGGUCCGUAUCUUCAGCCUAAGUUGAAGCGCUUUAUCUUCUAUGGAGGACCUAUCUCAGAUGUCUUUCUGGAUAAGAUGCAAGCUUCUUGCCCUCUGCUAGAAGAAUUGCUCAUCGAUAAUCCGCGGGACUUGAUUUCCCCCGAAGGCUUCCUUCGGUUCCUCGACGGCGCCAGAGCUCUAAAGAGAGUUUCGGUUAUGUACGGCAUGAGCCGAGCUAUAACUGACUCCGUCGUUGUUGCUCUCGCUACGAAGCCCGGGCUUGAGAUUCUAGAGUUCCAAGAACUCAUCACCGAAGAUCUCGCCUCGAAAAUCGUCACGGAACAAGCCCGGCAGGGCACCGUGGAGAAACUCUUUCCACAGCUUCGUGAGCUUGUAUGUGUCGCGGAAUCCGGUGGGCUCACGAACCUCCUGCUGCAUCUAUCUGGCCUUUCUCGCCUAGAUGUCAAUGUUGUAUAUAAACCCAUUCCUUCGACUCCAAUCCAGGACUGCGUAAUCCACAACAUCGGCUCGCAUUGCAUCAACUUACAGACUUUAAAGUUGGAAUAUGGAACUAAAGAAGGUCAACAUAUCCAUCUCACCCCAGAAGCUCUUAUCAGGUUGGCGAAACUUAACAAGUUAGAGGAGCUCGGCAUUUUAGGCAAUAGAGUCGAGGCCCCGAUGCUCAGAGAUACUCACAUCGCUAGCAUGAUGGAAGUCCAACAGCAGCUCAAGGCCCUGCGCCUAAUGUUUUCGUGUCAGCUCACGGAAUCUGCGCUGGCGGAGGCUGCGAAGCACGGCGGCGCGAAACUAGAAGAACUUGACUUGUAUGGGACCUAUAACCUAUUGAACCUAGCGGGAAGAGAUGUAUCCCUCCCUCAAUUAUUGUCUCUCGAGCUUAGGCAGCUAGCGUCCUCUUCUGUCACAGACGACGCUAAAGCUGCGGAGGCCGUCGCUAUUGCUCAGCUUCUAAAGAAGAUGGCGCCCAAAUUAGAAUAUUUCGAUGUGAUAUCUCCGAGCAUCCUUAGAGAUAUGAUACUGGACGAGUUGGAUGAAGAAUGAGGUGAUAAUGUGGUAUUAGCAAAGAGAGUAUCGUAGACGUAGGCAAUACAGUAUAAUGUGCCUGUUGUCUAAGUGGACUAUACUAAGGCCUUGGGAAGAGACAGAACUUUCCUAUGAGUCAGGUACUGUACGUAUCUGUCCGUCCAAUAACCAACGGGGAUAAGGAGAUAGACGGCUUUACCCCACCCAAUACCAGAUGUUUGUAGUCCUACGAGGUAAUAUAUUAUCAGAGGUUAUCAUAUGAUGGCAG